UGCUCCCAGGUCGUGCAUGCUCGUUGAUGUUCGUGCAGGACCUGACAGCACCCUGCAGGCUGCUUUUUGGAGCUGUGGAAAGAGAUUUGUUCGCCUUUAAAGUGGAUCAGUGUUUUGUAAUGAAUGCCUCUCUUCCACUCCUCUGCGCCUAUUAUUAGCUACGGAGGCCUGUUAGGGUCACGGCGGCGGGGACGGCUUCUUCUUCUUCUUGACGGUCAGAGAGGGGCUGCAGCUCUCUGCGACGCAACAUUUCACAUCAAACGCAGUGACUCAUCUUGCACUGGUCCAGAACUGGGUUUUAUUUCCUCUCUUCCUGUUCUUUUUUUUAUUUUUUUUCUUCUCUCCUUCGGUUUAUUUUUCGAGGCUCUUUUGGAAAAUGAAGCUAAACACGAGCCGCCGUCAGGUGCGAGCCGCAUCCGAGCAGAGCGAUGGUGGUGAUGGAGCCGUGCUUUUCCUGGUCGCGUCCGUGGAUAAUGCAGCACUUCGUCAUGUUGCGGUAAGAAGGGCGGCUUCGGUGCUUUAAAUCCUGUCUGGUUUUAGAGAUGGAGCCGCUGGGAUCCCGGAUAAACAGGCUCAGGAGUCAGUGACGGGCUCUUACAUAACGUAAUGCAGCAAAGCCUCAUGACUUCAGUGGUGGAGGGACAGUUCCUGCUGGCCCCACUUAGAUUCUGAUAUGGACUAUGAGAGGCCAAACGUUGAAACCAUCAAAUGCGUUGUGGUGGGGGACAACGCAGUCGGCAAGACCCGCCUUAUCUGCGCCCGGGCUUGCAACGCCACGCUCACUCAGUACCAGUUACUUGCUACACAUGUGCCCACAGUCUGGGCAAUCGAUCAGUACAGAGUAUGCCAAGAGGUAUUAGAGCGCUCCAGAGAUGUUGUGGAUGAUGUCAGCGUGUCCCUUCGACUAUGGGAUACUUUUGGAGAUCAUCAUAAGGACAGACGUUUUGCAUACGGGAGGUCAGAUGUUGUGGUACUGUGUUUCUCAAUUGCCAAUCCCAACUCUCUGUACCAUGUAAAGACCAUGUGGUACCCUGAGAUCAAGCAUUUCUGUCCCCGUGCUCCUGUCAUCUUGGUAGGCUGUCAGCUGGACCUGCGUUACGCAGACCUGGAGGCAGUUAACAGGGCAAGAAGGCCGUUAGCCAGACCUAUUAAAUCCAACGAGAUCCUUCCUCCAGAGAGAGGCCGGGAGGUGGCCAAAGAGCUGGGAGUCCCAUAUUAUGAAACCAGUGUCGUUGCUCAGUUCGGAGUCAAGGACGUCUUUGACAAUGCUAUACGAGCCGCUCUCAUCUCCCGCCGCCAUCUGCAAUUCUGGAAAUCUCACCUCAGAAAUGUCCAGAGGCCUCUCCUUCAAGCGCCCUUCCUGCCCCCGAAACCUCCCCCGCCUAUCAUCACCGUGCCUCCGCCCCCAUCCACCACGGAGGAGCGCCCCGUCGGCCUCCUGGAGGACCCGCACUGUGCUGACGUCCUCCUGGUCGUGCAGGAGCGACAGAAAAUCUUUGCCCACAAGAUAUACUUGGCCACGUCCUCCUCGAAGUUCUACGACCUCUUCAUCAUGGACACGCAGAGCGAGGAGAGCGAGAAGCCCCCCCGGGGCCCCCUCUCCGGCCGAGAGCUGCUGAUGCGUGCCGCCAGCUUCGACGUGUGCGAGAGCAGCGACGAGGGAGACCGGGCCAACUUGAGAGCGUGCACGAGUGACGGCACCUUGAGGGACUGCGAGGAGGGUCGGCGGGGCCGGCUGCUGUCUUCGUGGAGCCGGGCCUUCAUCAGCAUCCAGGAGGAGCUGGUUGACGACCCCGUGACUUACAGCCCCAGACUCAUGACUGUAGUACACAUGGACCAAUCCAUCCAGCUCAGUCCUUUUCGAGCUGUACUGCGCUACCUGUACACCGGUCAGCUAGAUGAAAAGGAGAAAGACCUGAUGCAUAUUGCGCACAUCGCUGAACUGCUGGAAGUCUUUGAUCUGCGGAUGAUGGUGGCAAACAUCCUCAACAACGAAGCCUUCAUGAAUCAAGAAAUUACCAAAGCCUUCCACGUGCGCCGCACAAACCGAGUCAAGGAGUGCUUGGCUAAAGGCACCUUUUCUGAUGUGGUCUUCAAACUGGAUGACGGUUCGAUCAUGGCCCACAAACCAUUGCUCAUCUCUAGCUGUGACUGGAUGGCAGCUAUGUUUGGUGGACCUUUCGUUGAGAGCUGCACCAAGGAGGUGCUGCUCCCCAACACAACUCGCAGCUGUAUGAGGGCUGUUCUGGAAUAUCUCUACAUGGGAAGGUUCUGCUCCCGAUCUGACUUGGAUGCGAUGGAGCUGAUUGUUCUGGCCAAUCGUCUUUGCCUCCCCCACCUUGUUGCUCUCACAGAGCUUUACACGGUGACAGUAUUGACGGAGGCGGCCAUGAUGGGAACUGACAUUGAUGGUGAUGUGCUGUUAUACCUGGACAUGGCCCAGUUCCAUGGUGCCCAGCAGCUCACAGGAUGGUGUCUGCACCACAUCUGCACCAACUACAACAGCGUCUGCCGCAAGUUUCCCCGUGAAAUGAAGGCAAAGUCUCCAGAGAACCAAGAGUACUUUGAGAAACAUCGCUGGCCACCUGUUUGGUACCUUAAAGAAGAUGACCACUACCAAAGAGCUCGCAAAGAGCGGGACAAGGAGGACUACCUGUACCAGAGACGGCAAUGUAAACGCAAGUGGCUCUUCUGGAACCUUCCUUCCUCCCCAAACUCCAACUCUCCAUCUGGCUCUUCUGCCAUCAUCUGACCAUGCGGUAAGGGCAGGACCAGUGUGUGCAAGACAACGGUGGACAAUCAGCUCUGCUUGCUUUGUGUGCCCAAAUUAUUCAUCCAGACUGUUACUGUCCUGCAUUUGCAGGCAAACAACACCUCAGCAUCCAGAUUAAAAUGAAGCAUUUUGUUCCUUUAGAGUUGAAACGUAACGUAUAAAAAGACACAAACCUCAGUGAUGUGAACUUUACCAACAUAUGGCUCAGUGUAAAUUGUAGGUAUAUAUAUUAAAAAAGGACUACUGGCACAAAACUUUCCACCACUUGUCUGAUAAAGUGCUGCUACCAGCUGCAACAACCAGCAUUCAACACUGAACAGAAGUCUCAGAGAUGUAACACUUUGCCUUGAAGUGUUUGUACAAUCUGCCAAACUCUGUACAAUAUGAUCUCGCGAACAGGAUGUAACAAUAGCUGGGCCUCGCUAGUCGUAGAAGUCAUUCAUUCAGGUUUUAAUAUAAUCAUGUUUGCAUAAACUGUGGUGGGGGGAGGCAAUUUUAGUUUAUUUUGUACAUGCAUUCAUUUUUCCAGUAUUCUUAUGAAGCUUGUAAAGCAAAAGUUGUGUGACCUAAUAUGUUCAACAUUUAAUAUUUUAAUUUUGUUGACGGUGGCUCGUUGUCACAAAAGGGCUUAAGUUCACAUCAAUGCUUUCAGCGUCCUACGACAAAAUAUUCUAGACUAAAGAAAUUAAAGAAACAAAAUGAAAUCCUAAUAUGAGGCUUACUAGCAUAUGUAAUCCUUUAUGUGCAGUCGUGUCAUUAACUGGUUCAUUCAUCACAAUCACUGUCAUCCUGAAAAGCAACUUGAAAUGUG